AUGAGCUCUGCCGAAGCUGGGCCAGCGGCAGCUGAACCAGCGGCGGCUGUGACCAAGUCAGGGGGAUGUGAACGCAUAGUCCUCCUUGGCAAAGACAACCACGUCAUCAAGCUCAGUUGGAACUACGUGAAGGAGAACCCCGAAGAAGCGGUCAGCAAACAGGCCGCGGAGCUGACUGACAAGGUCCUCAAGAACAAGCGCGAGCAGUGGCAAAAGGCGCAGCAGCGGUCUGGUGGCAGCAGCCGCAGCAGCGGCGUUAGGAGGACAGCAGAUAGCGCCGUCGCCGACCCUGUUAUCACGGCUUUGCGUGGUGGCGGGAGAACCCGGUCUAGGGUGCAAACUAGCGAGCCAGUUGAGCAAGAGACGGAGCCGGUCAACUGGCGCCAGCAUGCUACGGAAACGUUUCUCGCGUCCAUGGACAGCAUGGGGCAUGAAAACGCGCUGCGUCACUUGAAAAAAAUCGGCUCGACGUUUGCGAAGGACACCCUUGUUCGCUUGCGGGAGCUGGAAGCCAAGGCCAGCACAGCAGUCUCGUUGGAGCGAGCCAUCGAGCAGGCGCCAAAGCAACCUAGAACCACAGAGGGACGCCACACGUUGCAAACGAUCCUCACCGCCGCGGCCUUUCGCGUGGACGUAGACGGGGCUCCAUCGAUAUCGGCAAGACGUAGGGCAGCGGUAUUGGGGGUUCAAAAGCGCGCCUUCACCUUCGCGGUGGAGCGUGCCAAGAAAUUGCUGUCCGAUCUCAAUCCAACCGAGGCGAUAAAGCGCGGUGUCUACUGGUUUUGGCCCCGAGCUAAGAGGAGCGAUGCCGCCAGCGAAGAGCUGCUGGAGUUGAUGAGGCAGUACUGGCACACGGACGAGGUGUCACGCCAGCAUGGCAACUCAGCUGAGCGCGACAUGUGGAAGGCGAGCAAGUCUCCAACAGCUCACCGCCACCCUCGGCGGCAGCUCACCGAAGCGGGCGGGGGCGACGCGGUGUACGCCAAGUUUCUCAACUGGGCAUCCUACAAGAGCUUCAAGGAGCGACAGAGCGACGACUUCGCUGACCCUGGCCGCACGCUCUUCCUCUCGACGCGGUGCAAGUGCCUGGUCCUCCCUGCAAUGGAGCAGUGCGCGUGCAAGAUCCACUCGCAGCAGGUACUGUACAUCGAGGCCCUGGCCAGUGUCGACAUGAGCAGCCACGGGGAAUGCCGGUGUCGAUGGUGCAACGUUGAUGGCGGCAGCAGGUGGCGCGAAACAUGGAAGCACUUGGGCACUUUCUCCGAUGCGAUUGCCUGCCCCAAGAUCAACUUCCGGGCAGCGGACCGGGAGGGUGGCGGUUGGAUGGGGCGGAAACCGGAGUGCAACGCUUUGGACUGCGCUAAGUGUGGGUUCGGAGGGGCUGGCGGCAUUCCCAUCUGUAGCAAGCUGGAGAACUCCGAGCAGAAGGUGGUGUGGAAGAUGUUCGAGGACGUGAUCACUGCGCCUGCAUCAGCAGAUGGGAAGAUCAAGGCCAAGAAGCCCGCCAACCAGACCGUGCCGAAGGAGGGUAAGCUUUGCGAUCUUUGGUCGGAUUUUAAAGAGCACUGUACAUGGAUCGCCACUCUAUCGCCAAGUGGCAAAGGCACUGCCACGGGCGUUGCUUGGACACGUUUCAGGACGACAACGCUCAUGGUGGCCAUCGUCCACUUCAACCCGCAGACACACAUGGGGGGUGGCAGGGUGCACGUGACGGAAACAUGGAUCUUUGCAUCUGAGGACAUGGGGCAUGGCUGCGAUUUCCACCUGCACGGCUUGGCCAAGAUGGCGGACUACUACCUGCGCGGAGAUGGGAGCGAAGCAACAGCUGCCGCCCGGAAGGAAGGCCGGACGCCCCGGCUUCACAUGUUCACGGAUGGGUGCGGGAAGCAGUACAAGGGAAGGCGGAAUUUCCGCUUUUUGGCCGACAGCGUGCGGCAAAUCGGCUUCUUCAUCGACCACCACUUCGCGGCCACAUCUCACUUCAAAGGUUGCCAUGAUGGGAUCGGCGGAGUGGCAAAGAACGCCAUGAAGAGGAGGGAGAGAUUUGGCAAGCGAAUCAUGGGGGCGGACGGGGUAUUCAGCUUUUUGCGAAGCUUCUUUGAGGAGAAGGCAGGCAGCGAAGGGGAGGAGGGUAUGCGGAGGUAUUUCGCCAAGUGGUCUCCGUACCGCAUGCGGAGAGUGCACUUCGAGUUUAUCGGUAAGAAGGAGAUCUAUCGGCCAAACUCGAUCCUGGAAGGCGUAGAGGGUACCAGAGAGAUGUACCACUUCGCGGGAGCAAACACUCCCAAGUGGGAUGGGUCCACCACGACCGAGGGACUCGAAGGUUACUGUAAGCUGGUGCUAAGGAGCGAGGGGGGGGGUCGCUCGUCGAAUCUAGAGAAGAGCCGGUUGGGGGAAGUCAAGGUGUUGGGUGCAGUAGCGAGCAGAUGGAAGGGCCAGGGGGCUGGGUUGCAGGAUCCGGUGUCGGGGGAGGAAGACGUGACUUGCAGGAAGGUGAAACGGACGUACAGUCUCAGGACUCGGUUGGCGUCGUGCUUCUGCUCGGCGUGCCAGCGUUCUGAGUAUGAGCAGUGUUACGUCAGCAAGACGUACCCACGUCUCGUUCCCGCAAUGCAGAAGGGCGUAGUAAAGGAAACGGUGACCAUGGACACUGGAGUAGCGCCCGUAGACGAAUAA